ACAGUGGUAGGCUAAUAAACUGUGGAGCAAGGACCGACUGCAUCCUCGUUCAGCAUUACAGGCUCUUGCUCCUCGCAUCCAGGAUACACGUGUUUUUAUCUCAUACCCGACACUAGCGAUGGCUUCGGCGGUCAGCUUGAGGAGAACAGUGCUGCUGAUUGUCCUAGCGGGGCUGGCAUCGGCCCGGAGCCCCCGCACGGCGGACCAGGUAUCAGAGGCCGACAUUCAGCGUCUCCUACACGGAGUCAUGGAGCAGCUGGGCAUCGCUCGGCCCAGGGUCGAAUACCCUGCUCACCAGGCCACCAACAUCGUGGGGCCACAGAGCAUCCAAGGUGGCGCUCAUGAGGGACUGCAGCACCUGGGUCCCUAUGGAAACAUCCCCAACAUCGUAGCUGAGCUGACAGGAGACAACAUCCCUAAAGACUUCAGUGAGGACCAUGGAUACCCCGACCCUCCUAACCCAUGUCCAGUGGGAAAGACAGCCGCAGAUGGGUGUCUGGAAAACGCCCCGGACACAGCAGAGUUCAGCAGAGAGUUCCAGAAGCAUCAGCACCUGUUCGACCCCGAGCAUGACUACCCUGCUCUGGCUAAGUGGAACAAGGAACUGUUGUACCAGAAACUGAAGGGAGGAGCCAAAAGAAGAAAAAGGAGUGUCAAUAACCCCUACCUGAUGGGUCAGAGGCUGAACAAUGUGGUGGCCAAGAAGUCUGUUCCCCACUACCCAGAAGAGGACGAAGACUAUCGCACCACCACUGCAACAAAAACCACCACCUAAACACACUGUUGUUCUAACAUUACUGGCCACCAUGUUCACUUCACAUUAUCUCAAGUAGAUUUAAGCAAUUAAGCCCGAGGGGGUGUGAUCUGGCCAAUAUACCACGGCUAAGGGCUCUUCUUUAGUACGACACAACGUGGAGUGCCUGGAUACAGCCCUUAGCCGUGGUAUAUUGGCCAGAUCACACCCCCUCGGUGCCUUAUUGCUAUUAUAAACUGGUUACCAACGUAAUUGGAGCAGUAAAAAUACCUGCGUUAUACGGUCUGAUAUACCACGGCGUCAGCCAAUCAGCAUUCAGGGCUCGAACCACCUAGUUUGUUUUAAAACGUCACAUCAGACAAGUAUGUUCUCUAAAUGUGUUACUUUUUCACCAUGACACAUCUUUGUUGACCUACGUAGCCUACUAACAAUGUUAGGUACGGUAACGCAGGGGUAUAUUGAUAUGUACCACUUGUGUACAAAAAGACAUUACCAUCUGUUGUCUGUUUUCAAUCUAUCAAAAUGACUUGCUCAGGGUGGAAAAUGUAACGAGCUUAUGAGUUAUUUUGUGCCUGUGGUCCACUGUGGCAUGCAAUUCAGUAAUAUUAGAGCAGCCUAUAAAGCUGAAUGUUGUCUCAAUUAUAUAUUGGAUCAAACCAAAAAUAUGCUGUUUGUGAUACAAAGUAUUUAGUCAAGUUGUUGUGAUUUUAGCUUUUUAAUAUUUUUUUGGGCUCAAGCCAUUAUCUAACUCUCUUGGUGUUUUUUUUGAUGAACAUUUGCUGUUAAUUCUUAAUAAUAUAAAAUAAACGAUUUACUCUGCAAGUU